ACCUCUGGAUCACUAUUAUUAUCACGAUGACACGGUUCUCUUAACGUUUUUCUUCGGGCUAUUCUCUUUCUUAAUAUGGGCUCGGUUUUUGGCGUCUUGGUACUCGGCGGCAUCUGUCUACAUGACAGGUGAAUCAUCGUCGGCUGUGGAAGGUCAGCAUACGGGCAAUAUUCCAAUGAUUGGGUGUCUCCCGAAACUUUUCGGUGCCCAGAGAUGGAAUAUUCUAAUACCCGGGUCUUAUUUCUUAUUAUUGAGGGGACACAAGUUGUGGAGGCGUUGCUUCCAUCACUUGAUAUUCCUGUCGCUCCAUGGGGGCUGUUCGAUUCUAGCCCCGAGGCGCAUACUUAUGCCGGGAGCUUUGGCUUCUGAGCGACACGACAACACCCUUGACGGGAAGGGCUGGUCUCCGAUGUUGAGUCGUCUCCUUGGGGUAUUUGUUUUACAAUACCCGGUCACCCAAGUUUUGGCUUUGCAUCAUUACCAGAUCCUACCACUUCAACACCAUGUGGAGGAUUAUGACGACGAUUAUUUUAUACCAUUUGUGGGCAGUUGCAGCCAGUUUUUUGGGCCUCGUUUUGCCACUUUCUCGAAUCUUUGUUUAAUCAACUUUUAUGGGCAUUUGAUGUGGGGAACGCAUCAUCAUCAACGACAGAUAGAGGAGGAAAGGGACAGAAAGGGGCAUCCUGGAUGGACCCUUAACACAACAUAUAGGGAUAUGAUAUCAUGGCUGGAACCAGUUGGGCUCGAACGCUACACGCUCGCCCUCGCGUCUUUUGUUUGCCGAGGGCACAAAGACUGAAAAAAGGAGUAAAAUCAUAUUGGAGCGAUGGAUUAGAUAGCUUCCUGAUCGUUAGUAUCUAAAGCCUCUUGAGCUUACCAAUGGAAGUUCUGAUCUUUCCUUUCCACAUGGAGUGUCUGUAGCAUUGCACGUGUGAGUGUUGAUG